AUGUCACUCGACUUUACUAAUAAUAUGUCAUUUGAGUUAAACGAAAAUGAAACAACUGAUAAUAUGUCUUUUGAGUUAACAGAAAGAGACAUAGCUAAUAAUUUAGAAAGUUAUGCUAGAAAAAUGGCCCAUGAAAUCAACUAUCCAGUAAUUGAGAAUUCUAAAAAUGCAUGUGAAUGUAAAAACUGGCUUGAAAGAGAGGCAUACGCACGCCGUAAAACAACUCUUAGCAAACAGCAAAUCUUACACCGAUGCAUACAAAAUCGAGCUAACUAUACACAACGACUAACAUUUGAAACUACAGAAAAUGAAAAGAUUUCUGAAACAUUAAAAAAACCAGUCUUUAGUACAUGUUGUGCAAAGGGUAAAGUGCAUUUGCAACCAGUAGCGCCAACACCUUCUAUUUUGCAGUCUUUGUUAACUGAAAAUACUAUGCGUGCAUACAAUUUUUGGCAAAAAAUCUGUAUGUAUAAUUCAGUCCUUGCGUUUACUUUAAUGAGCGCAAAGAUCAAUAAUCGAGUUACUAAAAGCAGUGGAGUAUAUUCUUUUCGAAUUCACAGAGAGAUGUAUCACCGAAUCGGGUCGCUUUUACCAGAAGAUGCCACUAAGCCAAAGUUUUGUCAAAUUUAUUUGUAUGAUACUGAAGAACAGCAGCUACAUAGGCAGCGUAUUAUGCCAGAUUUGGAUUCUUCUGUGCUAGCCGAAAUUCAAUCAAUGCUUUAUGAUGUAAAUCCAUAUGUUUAUAUUUUCCGACAAGCAGCACAAUUGUUGUGUAAAAAUUCUGCACAAGAACUAAAAAUAGAAAUAAUUAAGGCACCUAUCCCUAUGCGUAAUAUAUUAGACAAACCUCAAACCAAUGAUGCUGCAGAUUUGAGUAAUUCUGAAGACUAUGGUGAAGAAGAAAGUUCAAAAUGUGUGAUGAUGAUGCAGUACUAUGUAUAUCAUUUGCAAAUUC